CAUCAGGAGACGUCCUAGUUGCAUAAUGGGAAACACAGCUGGUAAGGAGAAGGAGGGUGAAUGGGACUCCCCAAUUUUAAGAGAUAUGAAAAAGAAAUAUGGACCUGACUGCACGGACUGCAUGACUUACUGGACAGAGAAAUAUGGCUUUCCAGAGAACGGGAGUUUGAGUAAAAAAGAAUUAGAUAAGUUGAAUGAGGCAGCGCAGAAGGACUGGGAUGAGAAAAAGAAAAAAAAGAAAAUUAAGGCAGUAGAUGUGGAAAAGUGGGAACUGCAUAAGAAAUGUAUUAAAAUGUGGAAAAAUGAGAGUGAAUGUAGAGACAGAAAAGCAAACACAAAAGAAAUGGGUGGAGGAUUAGAUAUGACUGGAGAUAUAGGAAACAGGAGGGAUAAUGCAUCCCUGCUUUGUGCACCUCCACCAUAUAAUCAUUCAGGGCAUUCACGACCCUCUCCAUAUCGUUCACUGCAGGGACGAUUACAGGUGCUGAAGGUGGAUCCAGAUCUGGACUCCUGCCCCCCGGCGUUACAGCAGCAGCCUCAGCAGCAGGAGCAGCAUCGUUCAGAGGACAGACAGAGGGAUGAGACAUCGGGUCCUGCUGACUCCACCCAUGGCCAGGCUACAGGGGGAACUGAAAGACCAUCAGCAGACAUGGCCAGUCCUCCACACACCAAGUCCGGGAAGACCUAUGGACCGGAGGUGUCAUCAACUUCCCCACUCUACAGACUUUGGCAGACUGUGAAGGGCCUAUUUUUGGGACAAAAUACUGCCCCCAUGGUGGAAGUAUCAGGACCCACCAGCCCCAUACUGGUUUACCGCCCUUGGUCCCCCUCUGAAAUCAUGGAACAUGCCAAAAAUCUUCUUCCUACAGCGGAGGAUGGUGUUCCUCAUUACUGUGAGACUGUUCUGUCUGAAGCCUGCACUCCAAGACCAGAUUUAUCUGAUGAGCCUCUUCAUAACUCUGACCUUGUUCUUUUUUGUGAUGGCUCCUCCUCCAGAGACUCUUCUGGACAUCCAGUCUCUUCUACUCCAGAGGAACGCUCCAUCUGGAAGGCUAACUCCUGCACCCCUGACUCUGCAGGUAUAUGGCGCUCUGUUCAUGGUAAACCUUGCCUUCCUCGUCAUUUCUUCCCAUGGUUUGCUAAGUUGUCACAUGGGAUGGACCAUGUGUCAAAAGGAGGGAUGGUAUCUUCUAUAACAUCUCUUUGGUUCACAAAAGGCUUCACUGUGGUGGCUGAAAAUUACUGCAAAAAAUGUUUGAUCUGUGCAGGCUACAAUACAGCCCGCCCUCUUGCCUGCCCUCCAGCUAGUCAUACACCGCCUAAUCAGCCUUUUGAUCACGUGAUGAUGGAUUUCAUUUAGUUAACACCUGCAGAAGGUAAGAAAUAUUGUCUAGUCAUAGUAGACAUGUGGUCAAAAUGGGUUGAAGCUUUUCCAGCUAAGCAUGCCACAAGUUCAGUCGUGGCUAAGGCUCUGGUGACUGAAAUCAUUCCAAGAUGGGGAAUUCCAGUCUGACAAUGGUUCACACU